AUGCCUACCUUACUUCAAUCGUUCAUCUUUGUUCUUCUUGUUAUUGAAACUCUCAUAGGAAUGAUGGGAAAUGGAUUUAUUGUUAUCGUGAACUGCGUCGACUGGUUUAGAAGCAGAAAACUAUCCCCAGCUGACAUGAUCCUGAGCUGUCUUGGCUUCUUCAGAUUUCUAUUUCAUGCAGUUGUCAUACACUAUGCAAUUUCUAUCCUCUUUUUCAUGAAGACUGAUCAAUUCAAGCACCUAAAAGUGGCACAUUACAUCUCAUGGUCAUUUAUCAAUACAGCUGUUCUUUGGCUUGGCACUUGGCUCAGUGUCUUGUACUGUGUAAAAAUCGCUAACCUCUCCCACCCUCUCUUCCUCCAAAUGAAGCGGAGAUUCCCUGGGCUGCUGCCUUGGCUGCUGCUAGGAACAGUGGUCUUCUCUGCAAUCAUCACCAUUGCCACAGGUACAUCCAAUGCCAAUGUUUCUAAAUGCAAUUCUUUUGAAUCACUUCUGACCAAUAAUAGUCACUCGGGAAAUGAAAUUUUCAACUCCUGUAAGUAUCUUCUCCUUCUAUAUGUUGUUCCGAAUUUCCUUCCCUUCAUGAUAUUUUUGUCCUCGUCCAUCUUACUACUCACUUCUCUGUGGUGCCACAAAAAGUUACUACAAAACAAUGCAAAGGAUGUCAGCACAGAAGCUCACCGGAAUGCCAUCAAAGCUCUGGCUUCUUUCUUUAUCCUGCUCUUCAUUAAUCCCAAACUGAAACAAGAAUCAAUCAAGAUGCUACAUCAACUAAAAUGCUAA